GAAAAAGCGAGUGGCUCUUUCUCUCUCCUAAUCUCUUUGCACAUCGAGAGAGAGAGAGUGUGUGUGUGUGUGUCCACCCAAACACUGGAAAAAGCCCCAGUCACUCUCUCGCCAUUACAACCAAAUCUAAAACUCAGAAACCUAGAAAAAAAAAAAAAAAGACUUUACUGAACCACCAAGCAACCAACCAAUUGCAGAAUACACAAGAACAUCCCAAUCCCACAAAACCCAACAAGAGUAUCCGAGAACCCCACAUAAAAGAUUCAAUCUUUCGAUUCCAUUACCUCAGUUUACCCGUAUCAGAAAACCAUACCUAAAACCACUAAAAAAAGUUUCUUGCACCUUCUCCUGAAUCUGCCGAAGAAACGCAAUGAUUUGAUUUUCAGGUCUUUCUUCCGACGUCCAUCCCCCAAGAAGUCACGAAAGGAAAGAUGGGAUUUUUACACAAGACGAGACCUUCGAUCGUGUUCCUCUGCGUCCUCUCCAUGGCUCUGCUGCCAGAUCUCGAGCAGACCAUUGUCGCAGAGUCCGCAACAGCUGACUACACGACUUUAAUCUACAAGGGUUGCGCAAGACAGCAGUUCUCAGAUCCGUCCGGUCUCUACUCGCAAGCCCUCUCCGCUCUAUUCGGUUCUUUGGUCUCUCAAUCCACAAAAACCAGGUUUUACAAAACCACCACCGGAACCAGCCAAACCACCAUUAGUGGGCUGUUUCAGUGCAGAGGAGACCUCAGCAACAACGACUGCUACAACUGUGUCAGUCGACUUCCUGUUCUGUCUGUGAAGCUCUGUGGCAAAACCAUUGCUGCUAGGGUUCAGCUCUCUGGCUGUUAUCUUCUCUACGAAGUUUCUGGCUUUGCCCAAAUCUCAGGAAUGGAGAUGCUGUACAAGACAUGUGGGAAGACGAACGUGGCGGGGACAGGGUUCGAGGAGAGGAGGGACACAGCGUUCGGGGUAAUGCAAAACGGCGUCGGGUCGAGCCACGGCUUCUACGCGACCACGUACGAGGCUGUGUACGUGCUGGGACAGUGCGAGGGCGACGUCGGCGACUCAGAUUGCGGCGUCUGCGUCAAGAACGCCGUCGAGAAAGCUCAGGUCGAAUGCGGCAGCUCCAUCUCCGGACAGAUCUAUCUCCACAAGUGUUUCAUCGCUUAUAGUUAUUACCCUAAUGGUGUUCCACGUAGAUCUUCUUCCUCCUCCUCCGCUUCGGAUUCUUCGCCUUCUUCUUCUUCUUCCUCGUCAGGGGCAGGGGGGACAAAUGCAGGCAAAACUGUGGCAAUAAUACUAGGAGGAGCUGCUGGUGUUGGCUUUCUUGUCAUCUGCUUGCUUUUUGCUAGAGGCUUGAUGAAGAAACAUGAAGAUUAUUGAGAGGGGAGAACAAAAGGAGAAGCAAGCUUAUGUACUUUGAGGUGCAAUUUCCAAAUUUCAUGAAAAUGUUAUUCUAUUAAUAUUGUUAAUUUUUUAAUCCAUAUUUUUGGGAGGUAGAAAUGGACUUACCAUUGAAUGUUUAACCAAAAAAAAAAAAAGGAUAUCCAAAAUGUGCAAAAAGAAAUUGUAAAAUUGAAUUUGGAUGUUCCUAAAUCUUUUUGAACGGUAAAAAAAAAGAGAUGAAAUCCAUCAACCCAAUUAAAUAGAAUACCAACCCAUCAUGUUACAAGUGGUUUGUAAAAGCACUAAAUA